AUGGGCUGUGAUAUUGCUGGGGCUCCAAACAACAAAGGUAUAAAGAAGAGAGGAACCCUUGGCGGAUUCAUUGAGCAUCCACAAUAUGGUAUAUGUGGACUUUCGUGUGCGCAUGUCUUAUUAAAUUUUGAAUAUUUUGAAAAGUUAAAAACGAAUGGCGGAAGGAUGCACUGGCCAGACUUUCAUCCAUGUGAAGCAGUAUACCAACCAGGCGACUCCGACCAUCAGAUUGGACGGCUGGUGCAAGCCGUGUGCCUGGAAGGUGGCAAAGAUGAUAUCGGAGUAGAAGUUGCACUGUUUCAGAUAGAACAGCGUCCUCCAGUUGAGGGGGAAUUUCCUUCGACGCUAAAUGGAGCUGAUGGGGAAGACUUGCGGUUUAAUUCUGGGAAAACAUAUGGGUUGUCCCGAUUAAACAAAUGGCCCGUCGUCAAAUUUGGAAGAAGUACAGAUAAGACUAGCGGAGUGUUUGUUUCGAAUCAGCCGUUAGUUUCUGUAAAAACUAUAAAAAACAAAUGGGAUGACCGUGAAUGUAGCAUUACUCUUCAUAAUCAGUUGGAGAUACAGUCAGUACUGUCGAAUACACAAUUUGCAGACACCGGGGACUCUGGAUCUCUUGUCUUUAUGAAAGAUGAGACUGGUGAAUAUGUAUGUGUCGGUAUGGUUGAAGGCGGGACUCCAUAUGGAACAACAAUUGUUACACCUAUAACUCCAAUUCUAGAUCAAUUCAAAGUAUUUAGAUUAAAAAGUUUUCAGGAAAAAAUAUUUGAAAGAUAUGUAAAGAACACCUUACAGGUUAUUUUAGAUAAAUUAAGUUGAAUUAUGCCAGGGAAAAAUAUUUAAUUAAUUAGGACAACUAAUUUGACCAGACAAGCAAUGCAUUUAAUGGUUUCUACACAAGUUUACGUUUAUUAAAAAAAUAUUUAAAAAGCCUUCUAUGUACAAUGAAACAUAUAACUUAAUAAUGAUCCUGAAAAUUUUAGCCCGCAUGCCUUUGUGACCCAAAUGGCAAUAAGGCGCACCCCAUCUGGUUGAUGAACAUUUUGUUAUAUUUUCAUUCGCUAUGUAUUUUGUAUAAAAAACCGUGAUUUGUCGUUGAUUCAAAUCAAUGUAUGGAGUUCAAAUGCGAUGGAAUUUUAUCACGAUGAUGCAACACCUACAAACAAUAAUUUAUUUGUUUAUGUUAGAUUCUAAUUUAUUUAAGGUCUAUUGUGAUCAAAGCUUCAAGCGUAAUUGUACCAUUCUCGAGUCCACUUAAUGAGUAUUUUAUUCAAAUGUAAAUAACUGUUUGGGAUUGUAACACGUUAUCAAGGAUUGUUACGUGCAUCCUUGACGGCAUACACAAAUAUUUGCCUGAUUUGUUUGGUUUCUUUUCCAGCGCGCCGCUGUAACAUUUUGACGCUCUGACCUAAUCAUUGUGACUUAUAAAAAUGAAUUU